AUGCAUUAUACUUUCAGCAGCAUACAAACUUCUAAUCACGUACUACUAGUGAUAUGUGUGAUUUAUUGCUUUGUGAGCAGUUGUGACGAAACGAAAGUGGUUCAAAUCUUUGGAUCUCGAAUAAUACCAGAACAUAGUGAAUUGUCACUCGAAUGUGAAGUUGUUUCGGACGUUCUUCAAAACACAAGCAUCAAUUGGUUCUUUUCGGAAAAUAUGACUCCUAUAAAUACAAACAAGCACAACUCUUCCACUAGUCGGAAAAGCACUCUUCACAUUAAGAACGUGCUGAGACAACAGACCAACAUCUAUUACUGCUGUUUGAAUGAUUCUACAACCAUUUGUGCUACACACAGUGUGAUCGUGCUGUAUACAACAUUUGAACGUCAGAUAAUGCCGAUCAACGAGACAAGCGGUAUACUUAUUCUUACCGAAUCAGCAAACCAUGUACCCAAACAGUUUAGCAACAUUGACUUUGCGGUAUGUCUACGCUACAGAUGGAAGAUUGAAAAUGUAGAUAUUGUAUUCGCUUCCGGUGCGGAAAAUCAUCACAAUGAUUCUGUCGUGAGGAGCAGUGACCGGACACCGUUCUUGAAGCACCUGUAUUAUAUCGUGAAAUUCACUUUACGUACCGGGAAUCGAUUAUUCGAAGUUCGCUACAGUAACAACGUGUCGGAAGCAACGUAUUACUUGCAUGUUUUUUUAAAUGGCAAACCUAAGCCGAAGAUGAAUGAUAUCGUAAUGUUACCAGACACGGGAUCUAUCGAUUUAAGCUGCUGGGGAAUGGCAAUCCCUGCACCGAAGGUGAUGUUUUCUUUCACACCAUGUCCAUCGCUCGAUUGGACCAAUUGUAACAACUCGCCGGUUACCUUAGACGAGAUCACAUCCACCGGUAUGAUCACCUUUAACGUAAGUGUAAAAGUGAUCGGUUCUUCCUUAUCUUCUGGAAUAGUGCACUGCAAAGCUACCAAUUCCGAGGGCUCAUCUUGGACGCACGCUAAGCUAUUCCAACUGCAUCAGCAAGAAGCAGUAAUGUUUUUCCACUUACACCAAACCGCCACAAUCUACGUAGGAGAUUCACUCACUGUCCAUUGCUCCGUAGAUCGUUACAAUUUCACCAACAGGUUCACCUUUCAUUUCAAUGAUCAACUCAGGGAAGUACUCGGAGUUCAAGAUAAUUUUAAUUGGGUAGCAAAUUUAACGCUAAAUAAUGUUACUGCAUCUGAUAACGAAGCAAUAUGCGCAGCGCUGCAUCAAAAUGGAACAUUGAUAAGGAAAACCUUAGCUUUACAUAUCGUACAACCCUACAUAGAUGCAUGCCAAAGGGUUAGACAUUUAUUGGCUAAACCUGAUACACAGAUGCUGCUGAGUUGUGAUGCGAUUGGUAGGUCUAUGCCACGGUAUCGGUGGUUUAAAAAUGACAUCGAACUACCGUACACUAACUUCAUGAUGGUAGCCUCUCUAUCACGAGACGACAAGUUUAAAUGCAUUGCAUGGAAUCGAGCUGGAGUGAUAAGUAUAACGUGGAUAAUGUCAAACCCUAGUAUUUGGAGUUUACAUAUUUUUCAGUGUUUAAUGGCCAUUCUGCUUCUGGCCGUUAUGGGUACUGUAUUUUGUUACUUCAGAGUGAAGCAGUUGUAA